AUGACAGACACCAUCACCAUCAUUGCUACAUUCGGGUUCCUGAAGACCGUGGAACGCUCUACGAGCUUCGUGGAUCGCCUUCCAAUCUUCGGCAAUGCGUCUCUCAUCAUGAAGCGAGUGACUGCCUCGUGUCUGCCCUACCUAGCGGAAGAACCGAAGCAACAGAAUGUCAGCAUUAAAAGGGCGGAUGAAAUAACUACCAGAGAUUUCGACGAGAUAUUCCCCGUCCUGGUGGAUGAUCUUGUCGAACACGCCAAAGCUUAUGGUGUCCCUAGGGAAACCUUAGACUGGUACAAAAAUUCGCUACAGCACAACGUGCUUGGCGGUAAGGCGAAUCGUGGGAAAUCUGUCAUCGACGCUUCUGCGGAUCUCUUAGGCCGGCCCUUGACGGAUGACGAAUAUUUUCGGUCGGCGAUUCUUGGAUGGUGCACGGAGCUCCUUCAAGCUGCGCUCCUCGUUGCGGACGACAUCAUGGACUCUUCGCAGACGCGACGAGGUAACACGUGCUGGUAUCGUAUGCCUAAUGUUGGCAUGAAUGCCCUGAACGAUGCUUUCAUGCUUGUAUCUUCGAUAUUCGUUAUUCUCCAGAAGUAUUUCCAUGGCGACAAGAACUACAUUCACAUCCUAGAGCUUUUUCAUGAAGUCAUGUUCAAGACCGAGAUUGGCCAGUUGGCAGACUUACUUACCGCGCCUGAAGAAAAGCUCAAUUUCGACCAGUUUAGCUUCGAGAAGUACCGUUUCAUUGUCAAUUUCAAGACUUCAUACUACAGCUUCUUCCUACCAGCUACUCUUUCCUUGUACCAACUUAAUCUUGCUACACCCAAGAAUCUCCAGCAGGCGGAGAAAAUUCUUCUACUUACAGGAGAAUAUUUUCAAGUACAGGAUGACUAUUUGGAUGGCUAUGGUGUUCCCGAGAUCAUUGGUAAGAUUGGCACUGAUAUUCAGGACAAUAAAUGCUCGUGGCUCAUCAAUGAAGCUCUUAAACGUGCGAGCCAACCGCAGCGAAAAGUCUUAGAAGACAACUACGGCAGAAAGGAUGCCUCCGCAGAGGCCAAAGUAAAGGACAUAUAUAACGAAAUGGAUUUGGAAAGUGUUUAUCGUAAGUAUGAAGAUGAGAAAGUGCUUCAGAUUAAGGAGGCAAUUUAUGCAAUUGAUGAAAGCGAAGGACUGAAAAAGAGUAUCUUUGAAGGUUUUCUCAACAAAAUCUACAAAAGGUCAAAAGAGCAUUGUUUGCAUUGCUCGAGAAACAUGGCGGCCAACAACGGCUCUGAAGGCCGCAGAGACAACUAUGAGGCAUUCUUCCAACAUAAUAACAGCAGCGAAACCUUGAAUGAGGGAAGCAGCCGGGACAUACGAGAAAGGUUCUUACCAGCAUCUGGACACUUUUGGCCAUCUAUGGCGCCCACCGUGGCGCCUGGACCUUUCUCGGGGCCAACGAUGAUACCAGUACCGACGAUAAUGGAGAACCCAAGCUCCCCAGAGGACACAACGAUCGAAGCUUCGCCGCACCCGAAAUUGGGUGGUUCUCUAUUUCUGGGGGCAAGUCUCCCUGUUCGUCCUUCGGGCUUCUGCCUCUCUAGAAAGUCAGUAAUGGGAGACGUGGAGCAUGAGCUGACGUGUCCUCUCUCUCAGCAUCUCGCGUCGUAUCCUUCCGUUGAACGACUCUCCCACCUCGUCCUAGACUCGCUACCGCUCGCACCGCUCAUCACCCAGACUUCCCGCUCGAUUGCUAAAACCACUGCAAGACUACCUCGCUCAUUGCCUAUUGCUCCGUUGGGCUUCAAAGCCUUCAAAUCCAAUAAGAAUGAGCAAGGAAAGGACUCUACCCUUCGACGCCUACUUCUACUCCUCGACGCUAUCGCAGCUCGUGCCCUCAGGGGCAUCGAUCAUGUUGUAAUCCUUUUCGUUGAUGCGGGCCGGACGGUACAACAGUGGGUCGUGUCAAGCAGCUCGCAGCUCAUAGAACUGGUAAAAUAUUUCAAUAGGACUUAUCACGAGGAGGCGAGCAAAUGGGCGGGCGUGAGCGACAUCGUUGUAAUUUGUGGCGCAGUGACGUUUACCGUUGCGGUCAGUGCAUUCGACGUGGUGGUCUUCAUAGCAGAAUGGUUCCUCGAUGACAGAGAGAAAAGCGAACUCCUGAAGAAACAAGAGCGGAGUUCGACUCGAAGCCAUGGCAAAGGCGUCUCUUAA